ACAAUGGCCAUAGGAAGAGUCCUGCUCGGCUCUCUGCUGCUUCUAUCCCUGCAGUUGGGCCUCGGCGGGGACCCGGGUACUCCAGGGGCUCCAGUGGUGGAGGGAACGCUCUCGUCUGAGCUAGCAGCAGACAUAGGGACCUGGAAGGCACAGCUGGGUGCCCGCCUGCGCCGAGCCCCGGCUGGCCCAUGCCAGCUGCGGAGCUUGGCCCUGCCAGUGGUGGAGCUGGGCCUGGGCUACGCUUCGGAGGAGACGAUCAUCUUCCGCUAUUGUGCUGGCAGUUGUCCCAGAGGUGCCCGCUCCCAACACAGCCUGACGCUGGCCUGGCUGCGGAGCCAGGGCCGAGCACAUGGAAGCCCCUGCUGCCAGCCCACCCGCUAUGCUGACGUGGCCUUCCUGGAUGAUCACCACCGCUGGCAGUGGCUGCCCCAGCUCUCAGCGGCUGCCUGCGGCUGCAGUGGCUGAGGGUGCUCAGAUGGGGCCCUGCAACCACACCAGAGGUCUGAUGACUUGUUUAUUGGAGACCUAGAUGCCCAGAAGAUGAGAAGAUGGGGUGGGCUGGGGAUGCCAGCAGGGGACACAAUAAAGGAAAUUGAU